AGCUAUUCUACAUUGAUGUAGCUCCUAUUUUCUACUUGGCUCCGCCUUUCCUCCAAUGUUGAUACCAAAACAAGAAAGCUCCUAUUUUCUACUUGGCUCCGCCUUUCCUCCAAUGUUGAUACCAAAACAAGAAAGCUCCUAUUUUCUACUUGGCUCCGCCUUUCCUCCAAUGUUGAUACCAAAACAAGAAAGCUCCUAUUUUCUACUUGGCUCCGCCUUUCCUCCAACGUUGAUACCAAAACAAGAAAGCUAUUCUACAUUGAUGUUGAUGUUUGUGGAAGAAGUUAUGGAACUAAUAGAACUAGAUAAAUUGAGAGAUGCUUUAGUGGGGCUACCAGGAAUUGAUGGUCUUUCAACAGAACAAAGGAAGAGAUUGACAAUAGCAGUGGAGUUGGUUGCUAAUCCGUCGACUAUCUUCAUGGACGAACCAACUUCUGGUAUUGAUGCUAGAUCUGCUGCCAAUUUGUUAUGCGUACGUCGCUGA